AAGAUUAAGAGAGGGACGGGAUCAAGGGGAUUCCACCCUGCCACUUUGCAAAUUCUGUGGCAUCGUCUUGAUCAUCAGGAGAGGCAGUUCUCAAAUUUAAUUUGGUGUGCCAAGGAGACAGUAUGCCGCGAGGAGAAUUCACUGUCCAGUUCUCAAGCAGAGGUACUGGAGGUGGAUCUUAUGUUCGAGCUGAAGAGGCGGCAGGGAUAGCUUUGCUGGUCAUCAUUCUAGCAGCUCUGCUGAUCAUCGGAUGUUGGUAUUACAAGAGGAGACGUGGGUACAAAAGUAUCCGGAGUCAAGGAUUAGAUCGCAGUUCUUUCAGAUCUUUAAUGAAGUCUGAUCACUACAGUGAGGAAGGAGCAUCUGCAGAGAACAAAGUUGUCCUAAGCGAGUUCCACAAUCUCAACUCUGUGGUUCCUAGUGCUCCUCCACCUUAUGAGAAAAUAGCUUCUGGACCUUCACCACCUCCGUACUCCGCGUGACAAUGGAAUUACCACAGCCAGCAAAGUCAAAAACAUGCCUAGACUAAAUUUAUCAGUAUGAAUUAUCUUAACCUAAUUUUCUUUCAUCGUAGGUGUGCUUCACAGUUAAAAUGUGCCUUUCCUUACUGGAGUACUACUUUGUUCAUUGUAUCUGACAGUUAAACAGAUAAAUGGAUCAUGGUAUAGGAUGAGAUUUGUUUCUGUAGAAAACUAACAGAAAUAUUUGCAAUUAACUUGACUGGUUAUAAUAUUUUUUUUAGUUUCAGAAGUUUCUGUUCACAUAAUUCAUAGCUCAUUUUAUUUAUCCAAAGUCUAACUUUCAUGAUGUACAAACCAUGCUUCUCAUUAUCAGCCAAUGAGAAGGUCCAUUGAUUUGACUAGAAAUUCCUAUAUUUUCCCAAAACCGAUACCCUCUGUGCAGUUCUAUUGGGGAGAUUUAUUGUUUUUUAGUAUACAGAACACACUUCAACUGAGAAAAAAUAUCUGCCUUCCUCUCCUUCAUUAACAUCCAUUCACAUCUCCUGUCCAGUGACCCUCCUAGUUAUUAUCCAGAAUUCACUCUGCCCAACUUUCAAAAGUAAUUUUAAUAGAAAAGGAGAAACAAUACAUUUGAUGACCCUUUCUUCUUUGGCUAAUUGUAAAAGAUACAGUAUCAGAUGUGGUAAUUGAUAUUAUAAUAUGGUCAUGUUCCUUGCCCUUAUGGAAGGAGAACAGCUGUUACAGUGGUUUAACUUUCCUCAAAGUUUUGGAAUAAUAAUAAUGUGGCAGUCAUUCUUUAUUUUAUUAGUCAUUCUCUCUGUUUUUACUAGGAAGUAAAAUUAUAGUAAUACACAAUAAAACUACACAUAAAGGAGGCUUAAGCAUUCGUAUGAAUAUUUAUCAUCCUUCCCCCCCCCCCCCAAAAACAAAUCUAGAAGAAAAUGCUUUCCUUUCAUUUUUUGUACGCCUUUCUCAUCAAAUAACAGAUGUAUAUACAGUUAACAUCAGUUAACAUCUUAAGUAAUUUAUUGCCAUCUAUUUUUGUUCAGUCUACAACCUGGUUCUGGGAAACCAAUGUCUCUUAAUGGUUUUUGUUUCAGCAUAGUUCAUGAACACAGACUAACCGAUUUCAAUUUUCUUCCUGAGACAUGUUUCUAAAUUAGUUUCAUGAUUUUUAAAAAACAAUCUCUUUCAGAAUGUUAGUGACAGAAAGUGGGAGCAGCUGAUACAUUGUCUUUCUCAUCUGGAUCUAUGUCUGACUGUUCUCUCAAUAGGUGAUAUGCUGAGGUGAACAGGUUGAGAACAAGUUGUAUAAAGUUCUGCAAUGCAAAAUUAUUGAACACCAUUAAUCUUUGAAACCUGUUUUUUGUAAAAAUAGGUAAACAAAAGUCAAAGUAAGCAAGUUGAUCAAUUAUAGGUACCAAUUGGUACAAGAGAUUAUCAACUCAGCUGAACUGAAGACCUGCAGAUAGGGGUAUCCCAAGACCAGGGUUGGAAACCACUGAUGUGGGGGAAACAUUAAACAUAUUCUGAACUAAA